AUGGCAGAAUCAAGUAUUUCAAAGAAUGAUAAAUUAAAAAAUCUUCAAAGCUAUAACUUUAAUGAAAAUAGCUCAGAAAAUGUGAAAAACGUUUCUUUGCAAAAUACUGAAUCAGUAAAAAAACCAUUGGAAGAAGUAAUAAAUAUUGUUAAUAAUACUUCUUUAAAGCGACGUCUACAUUAUGAUUCAUGUGUUGAUACUGAAAUGUUACCAAAAAAUGGUAAUAAAAAUCAUUUAAAUGAAGUAUUAAUCGAAUCUGAUUCAAUAUCAAAUAUUGAUGAUGAUUUUUUUAAGAAAACAAUAUUUAAAAUAAAGCAAUUAAGUUGCAAUUCAGAUGGUACACCUAUUGUUAUUCAAUGUAAUGAGUCAAUUAAUGCUAUGAUUAAUGGUAAAAAUUCAGUAGUUAAAAUAGCUACAAAUAUUAAGAAUAAAGUUUUAACAUGUUUAAAAUGUAAAAAAAUGGUGAAUGAUCAUUAUUUAUGUAGAAGAAAUCAUGUUUUUGAGGAUCAUUUAAAUGAAAUAAAAACUGUAAUAAAAGAAAAAAUGAACGUUAAAAAGUCUGAUAUUUUGUUUGCUGGUUUUCAAUUAAUUCGUUCAUAUUUUCCAGAGGAAAUGAUACAUAACGAUUUCCAAUGUCAAUAUUGUGGUUCAUUUUUUAUGUCUUUAUCAAGAGCUUUUAAUCAUAUUGGAUCAACACAUCAAUUUAUUUAUGAAGUACAUUGUCCUUUCCCUAAAUGUAAUUAUAAAUCAGGAGGAUUUAGUAGUUUAAAAGGACAUGUUAAAAGUCAUUUGACAAACUUUAUUCCAUGUGAUACAAGUGAAUCAUUAAAGAGUUUAAGAUACCAUCUCUCGGAAGAUACCUAUAGAAAAUUUAUUACAGAUUGUAAUAUUGUAAGAGAUUUAACAGCUAAAUUGUUAAAAUACUGUUUUCCAAUUAACAUGGGUGUUUAUAAUAAUUUUGAAAAAGAAUUUAAAAAAGCUCUUGGUGAAUUUAAAAGACAUUCAUGUUCAACAUGUGAAUUAGAUAGCAUAAGUUUUUAUAAUGAUAAUGAAAUACAAGACUUAAAUAAAGCUUCUAAUAUUGAGCCAAGAAAAGACAAUGAUAAAUCUAUGAUACCACAAAUGAAUCUUUUAACAAGAAACAAAACUUCAGAUAAUAUGAAUAAAAAAAUUACUUCUGAUAAAAAAGUUACUUUUGAAUUAGAGAAACCUGUUUCAGUUAGUAAAUAUGAUAAUAAAGUUGAAGAAAAAAAGCUAACUGAAGACAGUUCAUCAAAGGUUUUAUCUAAACCUAUUCCAAGACAUUAUCCUAAAAAAUCUAUUAAACGACCACAACACAACUAUAAUUCUUUUCAUAGAAGAAUGACUAGAGAAAGAUUUGAAAACUGUAAUUGUAACUGUAGUUACAUAAUGAAUGGUCAUGAUAACUAUAGAUGUUUUGACUAUGGAAAUGGAGAUUUUAUCAAAUACAUACUAAUAAAUUAUACCUCUUUGGUGGAUUCAGUUCCUCACCAGAAAAUUCAUAGUAAGAAUACACUAAAAUUAAUUAGUUAUUUUUUUGACGAAAAAUUUUCUGUAUAA